AUGCGUUUCAAUGAAAUAACAAAUAGCACUUCACGUGUAGCUGAAAACAAUAAAAAACUUAAACUGAUAGGUGGAAUCUAUAAUAGCUACAGACCUCAAACAAAAACUACACUGUUUCCUCGUCGAGGUAAAUGUCUUGGACAGUCUCGCUAUCCGAAUUAUAUCAAAAACGGACACAAUAAAGGCAUUCUCACCAUUGAGAUUCCGGAAAUUUAUCGUCAAGAAAAAAAUCUAAUAAUGCAAGUUGUGCAUGUUACUGAACGUUUUAAUGGUUGUUUCUUUUAUCAUCUUAAUAAACUUCAAAGAGAUGAUAAAAACAAAAAUGUCAAGGAUGAAAAUCCGAUAUAUCACAAAGUCACCGAACAAAAUCUUCGAUCCAGCCAAAUAAGAUAUCAUGGUACAGAAAGGCUCGAUGAACCUGUUAAGGUCGGCUGUCCAAUUAAUAUCGAUAUUCAAGAAAGCGACAUUGAACGUUUGAUGGAAACUACGAUAAUAUCUCCAGUAACCACUGAACUCGUUGUAAGGCAAAGAAAAAUAAUGGAAAAGAAACCAACAAAUACAGAAAAGGCUAGAAAAAAACCAAAACGUUGUGAAUCACGGGCCGCAAAAAAGAAUUUGUAG